AUGGUGUUAUCAUUGAUUGGCAGUUUGGACGAAACCGCGGAGAUCGCUUUAUGGGAUAUCGAAACAGGACAACAAGUGACCGCAUUCACUGGACAUACCGGCGAUGUGAUGUCGCUGUCUCUGUCACCCGAUAUGCGUACCUUCAUAUCCGGUGCAUGUGAUGCAUCCGCGAAACUUUGGGAUAUUCGUGAUGGAAUGUGCAAACAAACAUUCCCCGGACACGAAAGCGAUAUAAAUGCUGUUGCAGUAAGUUUUUUG